CUGUGAGUUGAGAUCACGCUGGCGAUGGAGCAAAACUCUUGUCUCAAAAAAGAAGAGAAAAUAUCUGUUAAUGUGUGUGGGGUAAAGUGUCAUGGUUUAAGGUAUUGUUAAAGUAAAAAUUUCUCAUAGAUCAUAUCAGAGCUGAUUUGACUUGGAUAAUAUAUAAGGCUUCAUAUGGUAACCAUUUGAUAUAAAUGUAUAUAGUUACUAGAAGAAAAUUUUCCGUGUGUAUCUGACAAAAAGAAAAAAGAAGAAAAUUAUCUAAAUAGAAGUUAUAUUAAUUUUGGUAAGGAUAAGUGUAGUCAUAUCCCAAAACGUAGCCAUUUGUAUUAGAAUAUUUUGAUUUUACAAGGGGCUUUGUUUAGCCUCUUUUGAUUUAUGAAUUGUAUUUUGUAUUUUGCUAGCCACUAAGCCAGCUGCCACUUAAUUUGAGCCAUCAUUUGGUCAUCUGGUGGUUUUGUAGUAAAGUAUGCGUUGCCUUAAGGAGUAUGACAGAUUUACUGUUAUAGUUUAUUAUCAAUGAUAAUCUGUUCUGCAUUAUUUUUAAUUGACAUCUUAUAAGACUUUUGCAGAAUAUGUGGAUCACACUAUGACUGAACUCUUAAGUGUCCAGUAUGUAACAGGAAAGACAGAGUUUAAGAGGCACAUUAUAGGACAACUCAUGAAGGGAAAUGUUUUGUUUGAUUAUCUUACGCUAAUGGUAACAAGAAAAGUAAGCAGUUGGAUUUGGUGAUGUUUUAUGUAAGUGAGUGUUAGGACUGAUGCUUAGGAAUGCAUGAAGUCCUUUUCUAUUGAGUUUUAAAUUUAACAGUUACAAUUUAAAAAUACCUGUAGUGUUUAUACACAAAUUUCACUUGUAAAGCUGGAGAACGGAGAACUUUAGAAAAAGUUUACUUAGUAUUGUAUUCUUGACUUUUGUCAGUUGGACAUUCGAAUAUAUUUUAAUUUCUCAUUUUCUUGAUAUUGGAAUAAAAUGUCAAUUAGGAAUACAUUAUGUUUUUAAAUUGACAUAUUCUUUUUCCUCCCCAAUACAGAAGCUCCACCAUGAGACGAGGUGGAUGGAGGAAGCGAGCUGAAAAUGAUGGCUGGGAAAAAUGGGGUGGGUAUAUGGCUGCCAAGGUCCAGAAAUUGGAGGAACAGUUUCGCUCAGAUGCUGCUAUGCAGAAGGAUGGGAGUUCAUCUACAAUUUUUAGUGGAGUUGCCAUCUAUGUUAAUGGAUAUACAGAUCCUUCUGCUGAGGAAUUGAGAAAACUAAUGAUGUUGCAUGGAGGUCAAUACCAUGUAUAUUAUUCCAGAUCCAAAACAACACACAUUAUUGCCACAAAUCUUCCUAAUGCCAAAAUCAAAGAAUUAAAGGGGGAGAAAGUAAUUCGACCAGAAUGGAUUGUGGAAAGCAUCAAAGCUGGACGCCUCCUCUCCUACAUUCCAUAUCAGCUGUACACCAAGCAGUCCAGUGUGCAGAAAGGUCUCAGCUUUAAUCCUGUAUGCAGACCUGAAGAUCCUGUGCCAGGUCCAAGCAAUAUAGCCAAACAGCUCAACAACAGGGUAAAUCACAUUGUUAAGAAGAUUGAGACAGAAAAUGAAGUCAGAGUCAAUGGAAUGAACAGCUGGAAUGAAGAAGGUGAAAAUACUGAUUUUAGUUUUGUGGAUCUGGAGCAAACCUCUCCGGGAAGGAAACAGAAUGGAAUUCCGCACCCCAGAGGCAGCACUACCAUUUUUAAUGGACACACUCAUAGCUCUAAUGGUGCCUUAAAGACACAGGAUUGCUUGGUGCCCAUGGGCAACAGUGUUGCCAGCAGACUUUCUCUGGACUCUUCCCAGGAGGAGGAGAAGGCUGAGAAGAGCAGCACUGAUUUCAGAGACUGCACUCUGCAGCAGUUGCAGCAAAACACCGGGAACACAGAUGCUUUGCGGAAUCCACACAGAACUAAUUCUUUCUCAUUAUCACCUUUGCACAGUAACACUAAAAUCAAUGGUGCUCACCACUCCACUGUUCAGGGGCCUUCAAGCACAAAAAGCACUUCUUCAGUAUCUCCUCUUAGCAAGGCAGCACCUUCAGUGCCAUCCAAACCUUCAGACUGCAAUUUUAUUUCAAAUUUCUAUUCUCAUUCAAGACUGCAUCACAUAUCAAUGUGGAAGUGUGAAUUGACUGAGUUUGUCAAUACCCUACAAAGGCAAAGUAAUGGUAUCUUUCCAGGAAGGGAAAAGUUAAAAAAAAUGAAAACAGGCAGGUCUGCACUUGUUGUAACUGACACAGGAAAUAUGUCAGUACUGAAUUCUCCCAGGCAUCAGAGCUGUAUAAUGCAUGUUGAUAUGGAUUGCUUCUUUGUAUCAGUGGGUAUACGAAAUAGACCAGAUCUCAAAGGAAAACCAGUGGCUGUUACAAGUAACAGAGGCACAGGAAGGGCACCUUUACGUCCUGGUGCUAACCCCCAUCUGGAGUGGCAGUAUUACCAAAAUAAAAUCCUGAAAGGCAAAGCAGAUAUACCAGAUUCAUCAAUGUGGGAGAAUCCAGAUUCUGGACAAAUAAAUGGAAUUGAUUCUGUUUUGUCAAAGGCCGAAAUUGCAUCUUGUAGUUAUGAGGCCAGGUCCCUCAAAGUUCUGGAACCCUGGCUCCUGCCCAGAGUGAUGUCCUACCAUAUACAAUGCUGUUGGCAUCUCAACCACUGUGGAGCCACUUCAGGAGCAUGGAAUUGGCAAGUUGGCAUUAAGAACGGAAUGUUUUUUGGGCAUGCCAAACAACUAUGUCCUAAUCUUCAAGCUGUUCCAUAUGAUUUUCAUGCAUAUAAGGAAGUCGCACGAACAAUGUAUGAAACAUUGGCAAGCUACACUCAUAACAUUGAAGCUGUCAGUUGUGAUGAAGCACUGGUAGACAUUACCGAAAUCCUUGCAGAGACCAAACUUACUCCUGAUGAAUUUGCAAAUGCUGUUCGUAUGGAAAUCAAAGACCAGACGAAAUGUGCUGCCUCUGUUGGAAUUGGUUCUAAUAUUCUCCUGGCUAGAAUGGCAACUAGAAAAGCAAAACCAGAUGGGCAGUACCACCUAAAACCAGAAGAAGUAGAUGAUUUUAUCAGAGGUCAGCUAGUUACUAAUCUACCAGGAGUUGGACGUUCAAUGGAAUCUAAGUUGGCAUCUUUGGGAAUUAAAACGUGUGGAGACUUGCAGUAUAUGACCAUGGCAAAACUCCAGAAAGAAUUUGGUCCCAAAACAGGUCAGAUGCUUUAUAGAUUCUGCCGUGGCUUGGAUGAUAGACCAGUUCGAACUGAGAAGGAGAGAAAAUCUGUUUCAGCUGAGAUCAACUAUGGAAUCAGGUUUACCCAGCCAAAAGAGGCAGAAGCUUUUCUUCUGAGUCUUUCAGAAGAAAUUCAAAGAAGACUAGAAGCCACUGGCAUGAAGGGUAAACGUCUAACUCUCAAAAUCAUGGUACGAAAGCCUGGGGCUCCUGUAGAAACUGCAAAAUUUGGAGGCCAUGGAAUUUGUGAUAAUGUUGCCAGGACUGUAACUCUUGACCAGGCAACAGAUAAUGGAAAAAUAAUUGGAACGGCGAUGCUAAACAUGUUUCAUACAAUGAAAUUAAAUAUAUCGGAUAUGAGAGGGGUUGGGAUUCAUGUUAAUCAGUUGGUUCCAGCUGAUCCAAACACUUCCACAUGUCCCAGUCGCCCAUCGAUUCAGUCAAGCCACUUUCCUCGUGGGUCACACUCUGUCCGUGAUAUCUUCCAAGUUCAGAAAGCUAAGAAAUCCACAGAAGAGGAGCACAAAGAAGUAUUUCUGGCUGCUAUGGAUCUGGAAAUAUCAUCUGCUUCUAGAACUUGCACUUUCUUGCCACAUUUUCCUGCACAUCUGCCGACCAGUAUCAGUCCUGAUACUAACAAGACUGAGUCUUCAGGGAAAUGGAAUGGUCUGCAUUCUCCUGUCAGUGUGCAGUCAAGACUUAACCUUAGUAUAGAGGUCCCGUCACCUUCCCAGCUGGAUCAGUCUGUUUUAGAAGCACUUCCACCUGAUCUCCGGGAACAAGUAGAGCAAGUCUGUGCUGUUCAGCAAGCAGAAUCACAUAGUGACAAGAAAGAACCAGUAAAUGGCUGUAAUACAGGAAUUUUGCCACAACCAGUUGGGACCGUCUUGUUGCAAAUACCAGAACCUCAAGAAUCGAACAGUGACACAGGAAUAAAUAUAAUAGCCCUUCCAGCAUUUUCACAGGUGGACCCUGAGGUAUUUGCUGCCCUUCCUGCUGAACUUCAAAGGGAGUUGAAAGCAGCAUAUGAUCAAAGACAAAGGCAGAGCGAGAAUAGCACUCACCAGCAGUCAGCCAGCGCAUCUGUGCCAAAGAAUCCUUUACUUCAGCUAAAGCCAGCAGCAGUGAAAGAAAAGAAACGAAACAAGAAAAAAAAACCCAUCGGUUCCCCAAAAAGGAUUCAGAGUCCUUUAAAAAACAAGCUGCUUAACAGUCCUGCAAAAACUCUGCCAGGGGCCUGUGGGAGUCCCCAGAAGUUAAUUGAUGGAUUUCUAAAACAUGAAGGACCUCCUUCAGAGAAACCCCUGGAAGAACUCUCUGCUUCUGCUUCAGGUGUGCCAGGCCUUUCUAGUUUGCAGCCUGACCCAGCUGGCUGUGUUAGACCUGCAGCACCCAAUCUAGCUGGAGCUGUUGAAUUCAAUGAUGUGAAGACUUUGCUCAAAGAGUGGAUAACUACUAUUUCAGAUCCAAUGGAAGAAGACAUUUUGCAAGUUGUGAAAUAUUGUACUGAUCUAAUAGAGGAAAAAGAUUUGGAAAAACUGGAUCUAGUUAUAAAAUACAUGAAAAGGUUGAUGCAGCAAUCGGUGGAAUCGGUUUGGAAUAUGGCAUUUGACUUUAUUCUUGACAAUGUUCAGGUGGUUUUACAACAAACUUAUGGAAGCACAUUAAAAGUUACAUAAAUAUAACCAGAGAGCCUGAUGCUCUCCGAUAGCUGUGCCAUAAGUGCUUGUGAGGUAUUUGCAAAGUGCAUGAUAGUAAUGCUUGGAGUUUUUAUAAUUUUAAAUUUCUUUUAAAGCAAGUGUUUUGUACAUUUCUUUUCAAAAAGUGCCAAAUUUGUCAGUAUUGCAUGUAAAUAAUUGUGUUAAUUCUUUUACUGUAGCAUAGAUUCUAUUUACAAAAUGUUUGUUUAUAAAGUUUUAUGGAUUUUUACAGUGAAGUGUUUACAGUUGUUUAAUAAAGAACUGUAUGUAUAUUUUGUACAGGCUCCUUUUUGUGAAUCCUUAAAAACUCAACUCUAGGAAGCAACUACUGUUUAUUACACUAAAAGGCUGAAAAACCUCCAGGCCAGACUGCUAAGCUCUGAAAUUCCUGAGAGGUCUCAGACCGGGAUUCUGCUUGUUCCAAGAAAGGGUAAAGCUUCUAAACCAUCUUAUUCUUGUCUCCAAGCAUGAACACAGGAGCAUGUUAAGAAAAUCUUUACUUCUUCCAGGCGGAGAAAUCUACAUAUUUUGAAUUAGAAACACCCUCACACCCACUUGAAGAUUUUUUUUCCUGGGAACAUUAUUGUCCCACAGAUCAGAGGUGUGGUAUUGUCUUUGCCUCUACUGGCCAUUGAGAAACUUUGAUGAUAAAAAGAACGGUAUAGAUUUUCAAGCGUAUAUAAAAUAUUUUUAUGCUAUAUGUUUUGCCAUGACUUUAAAAUAAAAAUAAAUAGUUUAAAAGUC